AUGACGAGAUCACCAUUGGAUCGAGCUAUCCGUAAGAUUUAUUGGCGUUAUCUCCCAAUAGGUUUAAUACUAUUUACUGCUCUAUGGAGUGAUCAAUCCUGUCUAUCGCUGGCUAAACUCAAGAUGGCGCAAGAUCUGUCAGCAUUUCGACACAGCAACAAUACUGAAACGAUUUUUGGUCUAAGUCAAGCAUUGUACUCUGUGGGUAUUUUAACUCUUCAAAUUCCAAGUAUUGCAGUCGUAGAAAAAUGGAGUGCUUAUAAAUGGUUUUCUCUCUUAUCGAUUGUACACGGUUUCAUAGCUAUACUGACAGCAUUUAUAACAGAGGUCUGGCAAAUAUAUUUGCAACGGUUUCUUCUCGGUGUUGCUGGAUCAGGUUUUUUUACUGGCAUUCUUAUCUAUCUUAGUUAUUGGCUACCCUUGAGAAACCGUGGAAUCGCACUCAGCAUUAUUUUUAUGGCAGUACCGAUUGCAUAUUCCAUUGGUCCAAAAAUUUCUUAUCUAUUCAUACGAAUGGGAACAACUGAAAAUGGAAUUCACUAUCCCACAUUAUUCAAUCUUAGAGGAUGGCAAUGGCUGUUUAUUGUGUGGGGUAUAAUAUCCAUUCUAUUGAGUAUUCCACUGUAUUACAUGUUUACAGAUCGACCGAGUGAAGCCACUUGGCUUACUAAGGAUGAACACGAUGCACUUCAUACUGAAUUAGCUGCUGAAACUAAAACAAGUGAAGCCUCUUCGACCAUAUGUCAGAAUCUUUGUCAUAUUGAAGUAUUAUUGUUAUGUAUUGCCCGAACUUUGAUGAUGAACGUCGAGUAUGGGUUUGAUUUUUUCAUACCGACGAUGUUAGAUGAUUGGUAUCAUCUGAGCGAUAAUACUCUGACUUGGUUAUUAACAAUACCAGGAUUCAUUACUAUCGUCUUGAUACCAUGUGUUGGUUGGUCAUCGGACUAUUUCAAUGAAAGAUUUUUUCACACAGUUAUACCUCUUCUUAUCACUAUCAUAGCACUUGCAAUCCUGAUAUUGGGACAGAAGUCACUAAUCAUCGCAACAGUCUCCUUCGUAAUAAUAUCAUCGAGCCUCAAAAGUUCUUAUUCACUAUGGUGGAUAUUAUGUACAUCGCUAACAACACAAGAAGUCAUUGCUUCAGAGUCCAUCGGUAUUAUUAGUGUGUUCGGUGACAUAGGCGAAAGUACUGGUCCAUUUUUUUGUGGGUUUAUUCAAAGAUCAAACAGGUUCAUUUACGUCCAGUCUUAUUUUCUUAUUGAUAUCAGCAAUUUUAGCAGUAGCUACUAUAAGCAUUGUUUUUGUACGUGUAAAUUAUCGAAGAAAAGGUUAUACACAAUAAAAUGUUUGCCAUGAUGACUUGAUGGAGCUAACACGUUUUCGUACUCAAAGUGAGUAGAAAUCAAAAAUGGUGCGUGCUGAAGUUGUAGCUAUAUUUUUCUUUACCAAAAACUUUGAUUUGAUGUGCUUAUUUAUGUUCUCGUAUAAAAUCAAUUGCAAUAAUAUAUAUGUUGUAGGCAAAAUCAGAAUUCCAAUAUACACUAAAAAUGUUUCGGGCAGAAUUGGAAUCUGAUUAGAGAUAAAUGCUUACAAUUAGAGGUGUAAGCCGGUAAGGUCAUCGGCGGCGGCGUCAAAGUUUAAAAUUUUUUUUAAAAUGUUCGGCGGCGCGGCUGUAAAGUUCUAAAGUUGACAGCUGGCGGCGGCUCGAAAAUUUUAAAAUUUCGAAUGCCAUCGGCGGCGCAGCGGCUGUAACGAAAGUGCUUCAGCGGCGCAGCGGCUGU